AAGCUAGUGAAGGAAAUGAUGAUAGCUGCAGCUUCACCUUCACAUAAGACAAUCCAAUGUCUCUUUCUCUUCAUCUUUUUAGUAGCAGAAGCUGUACCAAGCAGAGCUAAAGUACCUGCAGUUAUAGUUUUCGGUGACUCAUCGGUGGAUUCCGGUAACAAUAAUCGGAUCCAAACCAUUCUGAAGAGCAAUUUCGAGCCAUAUGGUCGUGAUUUCGAAGGCGGCCACCCUACCGGUCGGUUCUGUAACGGUCGAAUCCCCCCGGACUUCAUCUCCGAGGCACUUGGAUUGAAGCACACAGUUCCAGCUUACUUAGAUCCAAGAUCCACUAUCAAGGAUUUCGCUACCGGAGUCUGCUUUGCUUCUGCCGGAACUGGCUAUGACAAUGCCACUUCAGACGUCUUGAAUGUGAUACCAUUAUGGAAGCAAUUGGAGAACUACAAGAUGUACCAAAAGAGAUUGAGGAAAUAUGUUGGGAUGGAGAAGGCUGAGGAGAUACUAAGGGAGGCAUUGUAUCUGAUGAGCAUUGGAACCAACGAUUUCUUGGAGAAUUUCUACGUAUUAUUCUCUCGCCGGUCAUCGCAAUUCACGGUCGAGCAGUACGAGGAUUUCCUGGUGGGGAUCGCCGAGAAUUUCGUCCGGCAACUGUACGAGUUGGGUGGCAGGAAGAUAUCACUGGGUGGGUUACCUCCCAUGGGUUGCUUGCCAUUAGAGAGAAGCAGAAAUAUCAUGUCAGGAAGUGGGUGUGUAGACGAGUACAACCAAGUGGCCAUGGAUUUCAAUGUAAAGCUACAAGGGUUGGUGAUAAGGUUAAGGGAGGAGUUGCCGGAGAUCAGAUUGGUGUUCUCUGAUUUGUACCAUAUCCUCCUUGAUGUCGCUAACAAACCCUCUUCUUAUGGAUUUGAGAGUGCAGCAGUGGCGUGCUGUGCAACAGGAUUGUUCGAGAUGGGUUACCUUUGUGAUGAACACAGCCCCUUCACAUGUGCGGAUGCGAAUCAAUACGUAUUUUGGGAUUCCUUCCACCCUACUCAGAGAACAAAUCAAAUUAUGUCUGAUCAUUUAAUGAUCACAGCUCUCUCUGAGUUCUUAGUAUGAUACAUUAAUAUCUCUCUCUUUCUCUC